AAUAUUUAUGGUGAUCAGCACUGGCGUAGGAGAUAAAUAAUUAUUUAUCGAUUGGUAUUCAGGUGAAAGGUUAUGAACACGUGGGUUACUAUGAUGUGUGAGUGUGUAAGGGAAUUGCUGCACCACGUCAUUCUGUAUUGCAUGGCAGCUAUCUGUUGGAUACUCUGUAUAAUGACGACACUCCACGGACCUACUAUAUAUGCUAGGUACAGUCUUGCUGUAGUCGAGAAAAUCCGCCACAGCACUGGUGUACACUGUUGUAAACAGCUGGAAAACUUAUUUGGAUAAACCUGCCUGUAUCCUGUAAACGCAAACAGACUACUGAAGAUGUUCACCGAUAAACACCGGGAGGACCUGAAGAUCAAGGGUUAUACUGUUGUAGAGAACGUAUUAACCAAUGAAGAAGCAGAUAGAUAUCGAGGAAUGUACACCGAUUGGCUGGAAACAUUCAAGGGUACUUUUCCUCAUUCGAUCAAAUCCUUAAUUCAGAGGUACAAAGUUGGGCACAUGGAACCCACGUGGGCAGUGAGGCUGAAAUCCAAGAAGGUCUUUGAGGAUCUAUGGUAUACAGAGAAACUUCUGAGCAGCAUAGAUGCCAUAGCUAUUGGGCGUCCCCCAGAGGAUGGGGAGGAGGAUUUUCAUUCCCCCGGGCGACACUGGUUGCACAUUGAUCAGGGGCCGGAGAGGAAGGGGCUGCAUGCUUAUCAGGGUGCUGUGUAUCUCGAGACGGUUGAUGAGGAUGAUUGGGCUUUCGAGGUAAUUGAAGGAACUCACGAGUAUCAUGAUCGGUACUACAAGGAUAACGAAUAUGCCAUUGGAAAGAGGAAGGAGAAUCCUAUAUGGCGCUUUAAGAACCUACGACACGAGGAUAUCGACUUUUUCACCGAGGAAAAGGGGCUCAAGAGAACAAGAGUGGCUGUUCCGAAAGGUGGGAUGGUUUUAUGGGACUCUCGUCUCGUACAUGCCAACUCUCGUGUUAUCAGGGGAAGGGAAAACCCCGGUAGGUGGCGCUAUGUUGUGUUCGUCUGCAUGACUCCCGCCAAAUGGGCUGACAAGCUAUCCCUGCAAACCAAACAAAAGGCGUACGAGGACCUACGCAUGACAACACACUGGGCGAGCGAUGGGAUUGGACUGUUUUCAGAAGAACUUCCCCCAUAUGCUCCCAAAGACCCAAAUCCUCUGACGGAACACCCUCCAUCGGGAAGAACCAGAGAAGCUAAACAACUGGCUGGAGUAAUACCAUACGAUGAAUCGGUGGAUGACACUGAAGUCAUGGAAGCCCCCGAAUUCCGAUUGGAUUUUUUGGAAGCGUAUAAAACGGCUCAACCUCAUGUUUUUGAUUUUGGACACGAUGAAGCCUUCUUAAGGAGGAGAAUGAUCACGCUCUCGGUGUUUGCUGUCCUCGUUGCUCUAACUGUUUACUUCUGGACGUCGUAAUCUUGUCGGGGAGGUGGGGUAGCGCCGUAGUUCAUGCGUACGCUCGGAAAUCCGAAGACCAUGGUUCAAUUCCCAAUAUGCUUACACUGUCUGAAGCCUAUUUCUAGUGUGUGAUGCUGUGGUAUUGCUGUAACAUUGCUAAAAGCGGUGUAAAAAUCAAACUCACUGACUCGCUACAAUGGUACAUGGAAACUGCAUGUACUCCUGUUAUUCAAUGUCAUUAAAAUCUGGCCUUAGGUAUUACUGGUCUUUGGCAUAACGGGUCACGUCAGACCUGUCAGGACGUCGUUCUGGAAAGUGACUCUCGGAAUGUGUUUAUGAUCAAGCUAUAAAAAGGGUAUUCCGAUUAACAGUUACGGGGUGUUCGGCUUAUCCCGUGAAAAUGAUCAUGUAUCCGUCACUUCACUGUCACAGUGACACUUCAGUAUGUUUUUUGCACAGUGUUCAAAUUUUUGAAGCGAUAUUUUUCAAAGUGUAUUCUGGAAUGAAAGUUGAAAGUUUGAAAAAGAUAACUAUGCUGUAUCGCUCGAGAAAUUGAUGUUUUUUGAUUGACUUAUGGCAACUUUUUGUUCAUUUCGUAUUGCGUUCAAAGUUUGCGAAAGGUCGCUUUAACAACCUGAAACAGGGUGUCUUUGUGUAGCAGUAGCUAGAACUUAAUAUGUGAUUUCAGUGAGACUGUUCUGCUGUGAUAAACCUCAAAUACUCAUGUUUCAUAAGUCACUCAGAUUAGAUUGGCAGCGGUAGACUGAAUGGAAGUUGUUGGGAUUUUGUCUACACUGGAUGAUGUAUUUGUGUUAGACACCAUUUAGAUGAAAUUUUCUGCCUGUUCUAAAUGUUUUUCAUAAAAGACAAAAAUGUAAUUUUUAGGGGAGACAGUUCCGUUUUUAUAAACAAUCUGAAGCAUAAUUAUUUAUUUUACGGUCAAAUGCCACAUAUACCAUAGUUUGUAUGCUGGGACGAGACAGCAAUGCUGUUUAGUGCGACGUUCAUUGCCUGCGUUUAAUGUGUCUUUGUUACAGUGUUAACUGAGUAUUAAGGUUAGUUUAUUCCUAUAUUCACGUUUGCUUAUCUGUUAUUUACUUUGUUAUUCAUGAUGUUAUAAAUUGUUAAACUGUGAAGAUCCGGGUUUGAACUGGUCUUCAUCAACCCAAGCUUAAGGGCACUUCCGGCUUGGUCGGUGCUCAUAAUGUCGAUCACUGGAUUGUUUGGUCCAGUCUAGAUUGUACCUUCAUAUUUUUUACGUUGAUGAUACUACAAUGUCAGAUUAUGUACUAGAUACACAAAAAUAAGGAACUAUUUAAAUAUUUUAAUGUUCAUUAUAUAUUAGUUAAGUUAUGGUCUUGUUCUUCAACAUCAGGUGUAUGAAAGGCACAUGGCUGCGUUGACUAACAUUUGUCACUAACAUUUUGAAUUUUGUUAUUAAAAUUGUGAAACAAAGAA